GUCUUCUCGAAAGUUCGUCUCCCUCAAAACCGUGGAAACCAAACUGCACGUAACGAGUUGUUGUUUCCGUCUAUCAAUAAUGCACUGUUUCAAGUGACUUCUGUCGGCUUAGUCGCAAGCGGCAUACAUUCAGAGCUCGAGAAGUCACUUAUAAGAACAUGCAUCGACGGCCCCACAUUUGAAACAUUAUAGUGGUCAGCCUCAACUUCAGAGAUAGGUAUGGAAAUAUCCGCCAGCGAGUAUUUUCGAGUUGAUCUCCAAGAUCAACUUCCCCAGCAAGAGAUUGUGAGGCGUCAGGAAAUUAAGCGUUGGCUUGAGUGGCAGUUUGACAGAUGGGAAAGUGACGAACAACAUCUUUGGUCAGCAAUUCCUCACGCAAAUACUCUUUCGUUCAUCGGUCUGAAUUGGUCGUCUAUUCUUCCAAAAUUAAGGCAUUAUAUCAAUCAUAAGCAUGUAGCAUUUGAGAUCCUUUCGGAGCUACAGCUAUGUCCUAUCCGAGCCUCAAUCGUGAACUCAUAUCGAAGUCGACAUAAACGUCCACCAGACACUUGGCUUUACAGCCAAUAUCGCCAAUAUGGCAUCCGCAUUCAGGAUUUCGGGGAGACAAUCCAGAAAUAUCACAUCCCUUUCAUUGAUGUUACUGGAAAUCCAGAUGUACCAUAUGACAGCCACCUCAAAUUUCGGAACACCAGCCGUUACCUGAUGUCACGAAUGGCUCCUCGUCCGUUCUCUCAAGGAGUCUCAAGUACUUGCCGUCUGAUUAUUUUCCCCCAGACCAGAUACUCUUUCAUUGAAGAUGAGAUGUUCCACUCGCUUUAUCCCCUUCCAGAAGAACAGGCCAAGCUUAUGGCUCACAAGCUCUUACAUCGCCUUCAGGGAAAUAGUGGAUAUUUCAAUGCGCUACCUAAUCCAUAUACAGACUCUUUCACUCAGAAGACUUAUGAUGGACGCAGUGUUCGGGCAUUCCAAUACUUCGCAGCGCUAUAUCCCGUGAUAGAGUUUCAAUUCGUCGACGACUACAACAAUAGGAAAGCAACAGAGAAAUUCAUCACUUCGAUACAGAAGCAGGACCUCAAAGGUUUUCCGACGAUCUCGCAAGGAAGGUACUCGAGAAAGUUUGAUCUAGCCGAGGAAUCUAAAUUUCGCUCCACGGUUCUUCACGGUGACACUUGUCCCGAGAGGAUUCAAAGUGCUAGGGCGUUGUUUGAGUACGCUUGUGGUGACCACGAUACUUUGAAGCUUGAUGCACGACAAACGUCGUUGCUAGGAGAUUUCGAAGCAAGCAUCAGCAUUGAAAAGCGGCUGAUAGUCGUAGAUCCUCUCUGGAUUCUUAUUUUUCCUGAAUCAGACACCAUCUGCGCAUUCAGAAAUGAAAGUAUGGAUGAUCCGUUUAAAGAAAUAUGGGGUGAUAUGAAUGGCCCUCAAGACAUGGGGCAUUUGUUAAUCCAGCUUGUGAACAAUGCGGAUAAGUGCAUGGGAAGCUAUGAGUCGAUCUAUCGAAAGAGGUUGUCGAGCUUACAAUUUCAACUUCACUCUACUGGCGAUCACCACUUGGUCAAGCUCUUAAGCGAUUAUGUGGCCGAGCUCGCUAUCCUACUCGACCCACUGCAGUCCCAAAUAAAUACACUCAAACACUGGUACAAUUGCCAAGAAAGUAUUUGGCGCCAGUCCUCCGCAUUGACACGCGACAUGUUCGAGAAUGCUAUCAAGACCAGGGAAAUCCAUCUGGAAUCGUUAAAACGACUUCAUGAGCGAGCUAGAGAGCACCAGGCAUUGCUUUUUCAACUCAGCAACACAGAAGCCGCAUAUCUCCAAUCACAGGUUGCUAUCGAAAUGGCCAAGGAAACAAAACUCCAAGUUCAACUUGCCCUCAAAAUGGCUAUUCAGAAUAAAUCCAUUCUGAUCUUCACAAUUAUCACCGUAAUCUUUCUUCCACUUUCUUUCUUUACCUCGUACUUUGGUAUGAACACAGAUGACAUCCGGUCGAUGGAGAAAGGCCAGUGGUUUUUCUGGUCUGUGUCGGCACCACUCUCCAUAGCCAUCAAUGUCAUCACUUUUCUGAUCGCUUUCAAAGGCCGGAUAAGGGAAACACUUUCAAAGCCCUUUAGAAGGCGCAACAAGAUGAUAGAGGUCGACUCGUUAUCGAAAGUAGAUGACUAAUUAAAUGGUUAAAAAUCUUGAAUCUGACACCAUGAUACUCACAGUUUGAAAAUGGAUGAUUACCUGUACUGUACGAACAUAGAACUUUGUGGUGGGAGAACGAGCAAAACAGCAUUGACGCACAUGAUCUGCGUUUUUGGGGUUUGUCGUUUGAUAUCAAAAAUUGAAAAUGUACGGAGAAUUGCGGCAUAAAGUGGUGCAACUACGGGCUUGGUCCCCUAAAAUAGUGCUCUCCAAGGCAACAAUGUAGCCAUAGCACACUGUAAAUAGUAGUAUCGG